AUGGAUAGUGAUGAAGGAGAUAUAGAAACCUCUCAACAAGAAGAGGAAAAAGAUGAAGAUGUAUUAAAUAAUAACAACGAUGAAGAUGAAUCAUCUAAAAUGAAUGAUGGUGAUCAAAAGAAAGAUUCAGAUCAACAACAACAAGAUACAAAGAAAUCAUCGAUUAUGAGAAUAUUAGUAGCAACAGAUAAUCAUUUGGGUUAUUUAGAAAAAGAUCCUAUUAGAGGUGAUGAUUCUUUUAAUUCAUUUGAAGAGAUUCUUCAAUAUGCACACAAGUUAAAAGUAGAUAUGGUCUUGUUGGGUGGUGAUUUAUUUCAUGAUAACAAACCUUCUAGAAGUUGUCUAUAUCGUACAAUGGAGUUGUUUAGAAAGUAUUGUUUAGGUGAUACACCAAUCAAAUUACAAUUUCUUUCUGAUCAAGCUGUCAAUUUCUUUAACAAAUUUCAUACAGUAAAUUAUGAAGAUCCAAACUUUAAUAUAUCAUUACCAGUAUUUUCAAUUCAUGGUAAUCAUGAUGAUCCAACAGGUGAAGGUGGUUUAGCAGCAUUGGAUCUUUUAUCAGUAUCAAAUCUUGUAAACUAUUUUGGAAAGACAGAGAAUAUUGAUGACAUUACAAUAUACCCGUUGCUCAUUGGAAAGGGUGAAACAAAGAUUGCAAUCUAUGGUUUGGGUAACAUUAGAGAUGAGCGUCUCUAUCGUACAUUCCAAAAACAACAAGUCAAACUAAUGAAACCAAUUGAAAGCAAAGGUGAAUGGUUCAAUAUCCUCGUACUCCAUCAAAACAGAGUGGCACACAACCCCAAAAACUAUGUUCACGAACAAAUGAUUGACAAUUUCAUCGACUUUGUUCUUUGGGGUCAUGAACAUGAAUGUCUUAUCAAUCCACAACCUUCAUCAAUUGGUGAAUUUCAUAUUACCCAACCUGGUUCUUCAGUUGCUACUGCCCUAAGUGAAGGUGAAUCAAAAGAAAAAUUUGUUGGACUUUUAGAAGUAUACAAGAAUCAAUUUAGAUUUAAACCAUAUCCUUUAAAUACAAUUAGACCAUUUGUAUUGGAUACUAUAACAUUGGCAGAUAGUAAAAUCAAUCCAACUGAAAACGAAGAAAUAGCAACAUUUUUGGAAAACAAGGUGGAAGCAAUGAUUAUUAUGGCAAAGGAAAAGGCUGCUGGAAAGCCAAGUGAGAAUCUAUUACCACUCAUUCGACUCAAAGUAGACUAUACAGGCUACAGUACUAUCAAUCCACAGAAAUUUGGUCAACGUUUUACUGGAAAGGUGGCCAAUCCAAACGAUAUCCUCCUCUUUACCAGAAAGAAACCAACCUCUUCCAAAAAACAACAACAAGAUGUUUUUGAUUCUGAAAAAACAAAACCAGAUGACAAGAUCAAGGUAGAGGAUUUCAUAUCAGAGUUUUUAGGUAAUACUCCUGCUGAUCGUUUAAAUAUUCUAUCUGAAACUGAUCUUCACUUUGCUCUUCACAAUUUUGUUGAUAAAGAUGAAAGUGAUGCUAUUUCAAAUCUUGUAAAUUUAUCAAUAUCAAAAUCUUCACAAUUCUUGAAACGAAAUGUUGCAACAAAAGAUGCUCAUCAUGACCAUAUAGUCAAAACGAUUGAAGAGAAUUUACCAAUUAAUUGUAUAUCUGGUAAUGAUCAAAUCACUAACCCAUCAAACUCCACUACAUCAACAUCUACAACCUCUACACCAUCAUCAACUCAAAAGAGUAGUACACAACAACAAAGAGGUGGUUUACAAAUGUCACCACCACCAAUGCCAUUUGAUCCAGAUGCAUUUGAAGGAAAUGAAGAUGAUGAAGAAGAUUCACAUAGAGACCAUCAUCAUCAUGGAGCAGAUGAUCAUGGUGAUCAAUCAAGUAGUGAAGAUGAAUUAUUUAAUUCCAAUAUGUUUAAAACACCUGACCCUCCAAAAUCAAAAAAGACACCUGCCUCCAAGAAAAGUGCAACACCAAAGACACCAUCAUCUACCACCUCUUCACCAAGAACUCCCUACAGAUCUCCAGUUGGGUCACAAGUUAUUAGUUUGGAUGACUCAGAUGAUGAAGACGGAAGUGAUCAAGAUAAAACAAAGAAAAAGAGAGCUAAAAAGGCUGAUCCUUCUCCAAAUUCUUAUGCUAAAAAGAAAUCAAAGCAAUAA